AUGGGAGACUCCUUCAAGGCGCGGACACUGAAGCGAAAGAAUGUGAAGGGGCUAGCUCUCAAUUCUGCGGGGCCAAAGGCUGGCUCCAACACUUCAGAUGGCGAUGCUCAGAUACCAGGUGGCUUCGGCAAUCAAGACGGUAACCGGACAGACACACUAGAGAUCGGACUGGAGUUUAAGCUCGAUUUAAGGAGUGAGGACCUGGUGGUGCUGAAGGAGCUCGGGGCGGGCAAUGGAGGGACGGUCAGCAAGGUGAUGCAUGCGUCGACAAAAGUCAUUAUGGCUCGGAAAGUCGGCCAUGAUUGCAAUUCGCCAUACAUUGUUACGGUCUACGGCGCUUUCCAAAAUGAAGCCAGGGAUAUUGUGCUCUGUAUGGAGUAUAUGGAUUGCGGUUCCCUUGACCGUAUCUCCAAAGACUUUGGCCCCGUCCGUGUCGAUGUCCUCGGGAAAAUCGCAGAAUCUAUCCUCGCAGGCCUUGUAUACCUAUACGAAGUCCACCGCAUCAUGCACAGAGAUAUCAAGCCCUCCAACGUCCUAAUAAAUUCGAGAGGAAAUAUAAAGCUUUGCGAUUUUGGCGUGGCUACCGAAACCGUCAACUCGAUAGCGGACACUUUUGUCGGCACAUCGACAUACAUGGCUCCCGAGCGUAUUCAGGGCGGGGCAUAUACCGUACGCUCGGAUGUGUGGAGUGUUGGUUUAACCGUAAUGGAACUGGCUGUGGGCCGCUUUCCCUUUGAUGCAACCGACUCGGCUGCGGGUGAUCGCGCAAGUGCGGGGCCAAUGGGAAUUCUGGAUCUGUUGCAGCAAAUCGUGCAUGAACCCGCACCAAAGUUGCCCAAGAGCGAUGCAUUCCCGCCAAUCUUGGAUGAGUUCGUUGCCAAGUGUUUGCUCAAGAAACCGGAGGAACGUCCAACGCCGCGGGAGCUCUAUGACAAAGAUGCUUUCCUCCAAGCUGCCAAACGAACCCCAGUAAAUCUCCGCGAAUGGGCAAUCAGCAUGAUGGAACAGCACAACAGGAAAUCAUACCUCGCACCACCAGCCCCGAAAGCAAUCACGCGAGACGGCUCGAGGGAUUCCAUCUCCCACUCCCGAAACGCAGAAGCGUCCCCUCGAGCCCGCUACACACCCACGUCCGGAGAAAUCCCCCUGAACAUUGCCCGGGAACCUACCAGUAACAACAGCAGUGCCGGGCAGAUGUACGGCGACCCAAUGUCCGCCAUUGAACCCUCGUCAACAAUGGGCUUCGAGCAUCUCUCGCUCGGCAGCGCAACCCACCACCAUCCAGAUUACAACCACAACCCCCUUCAGCAUUUAACCUCAAACGGCAACGGACACAGCAACAACAACAGCAGCAUUCCUCACUCGUCGCGGCAAUACCCCAGCCAUCCGCACAUCGACACCUCUGUCCCGCAGUAUGCAUCCCCCAUGUCGGCGUCUGCCACGACCGCGCGAGCCCCCAUACAAUCUGCGACUUUGCCGUCAAGGCCGGCACCGCCUCCUUCCGGCCCACUUCCUGCACCUCCUGGCUCCGCGGGACCAGGCGGUUGGCGGACGCAGAGCCAUCGAGUAUGA